ACAAGAACAGUGAGACAUGGAUCAAGAACUGCGCGCAUGACAAAUGUUCCAUUUUCUUUGGCCAAGUGGAGCCAAGACAACGAACACAGAUUCUUAACUUCAUUCCCCUCCCCAACACAUGCAAGCACACACACACCCAACAUACAACCAACACACACCUCGAAAAAUAAUGUUAAAAUUGUGCUAAAACAUCAAACAACAAUCGAUCAACAAUUCAACAUUCUUGAUGAAAAAUCACUUGUCAAACGUUCUGUGUGCAAUGCGUAGUGACUUCAAGGAUAAUCACCAGGAGACCAUCAAUAAAAUGAUACAAUUUGGUACCGUUAAAUAUGGCAUUGUCAAACAGCUGAAGGAUCGCGCCAGAAGCGCCGACAAAGAUAUAACAAGUGAUCAGGAGGAUAAUGGCGCCUGCUCGCCAGUGACAACCGCAACGGCGAGCGCAAGUGCCGGAAAUAGUCCCAGUCCAAGUCGGAGUCCGCAGCGACAGAGCGAGGAGGAAGGAGAGAGGGAGGUCGAGUCAGUCUUGGAAAAGGGAGUGAGUAAAGAGCAGCAAAUAGAUAAUGAUAAUGUCGAUGAGGCAAUUGAGGAUCACAAUCACAACAAUAACAACGAAGUGAUCAUGACAAAACCCCCCGUGGAAAACGAACUGGAUCACAGUGGCAACUCCAGUGCAUCCAUGCCACAUUCACCCACCGCCGCGACAUCUGUGACAGAGGAGGCGGCUGCGCAGCCAACGAACACCGAUAAAGAACUCGAUGUGGAUGUCGAGAUGCAGGAGGAGACGCCGAGACAGACAUCGGCAACGCCGCCAGCGUCACAGGCAGCGAAUGCUGGAGCAGCUCCAGUUACCCUGGAGGCGAUACAGAAUAUGCAGAUGGCCAUAGCACAGUUUGCGGCCAAGACAAUUGCAAAUGGUUCGUCGGGAGCGGACAAUGAGGCGGCUAUGAAGCAGCUGGCCUUCUUGCAACAGACGCUAUUCAAUCUGCAGCAGCAACAGCUCUUCCAGAUUCAGUUGAUCCAGCAAUUGCAAUCUCAGCUGGCCCUCAACCAGGUCAAGCCGAAUGAGGAGGAGGCUGACGAGGAGCUGGAGCCGGAGGAGCGUGAGGAUGGCGAGACAGACACCUACGAGGAGGAGGAGCGCAUUGCCGACAUGGAGUUGCGUCAGAAGGCGGAGGCACGCAUGGCCGAAGCCAAGGCACGUCAGCAUCUUAUUAAUGCCGGAGUUCCUCUUCGGGAACGCUCCCGAUCCGCCUCCCCUGCUACCGAAGCGAUCUCCGCGGAGUCCUUGAAGCGCAAGCGGGAGGAGGAUGCCUGUGUGAAACCGCCGAGUUCCAGUCUAAAGCUGAGCGGGGAGCGGGAAAGUGCACAGGAUGCGCUGUCCAAGCUCAAGGAGAUGGAGAACAUGCCGCUGCCCUUCGGCUCCGACUUGGCUUCUAGCAUUAUUACCAAUCACGAUGAUCUACCCGAGCCCAACUCCCUCGAUCUUCUACAGAAGCGCGCCCAGGAGGUGCUCGACUCCGCCUCCCAGGGAAUUCUCGCCAACAAUAUGGCGGAUGACUUUGCUUUCGGUGAUAAAUCCGGCGAGGGCAAGAACCGCAAUGAGCCCUUCUUUAAGCAUCGUUGUCGGUACUGCGGCAAGGUCUUUGGCUCCGACUCGGCGCUUCAGAUCCACAUCCGAUCCCACACGGGAGAACGUCCUUUCAAGUGCAAUGUCUGCGGCAGUCGCUUCACCACGAAGGGAAACCUCAAGGUUCACUUUCAGCGACAUGCCCAGAAGUUCCCGCAUGUGCCCAUGAAUGCCACGCCCAUACCGGAGCACAUGGACAAGUUUCAUCCGCCGCUUUUGGAUCAAAUGUCGCCGGACAGUUCGCCAACACAUUCUCCCGCUCCAGCGCCCAGUCUACCGCCGACUUCGACAUCCGCUAUGACUCAGGCUCAGGCUCAGGCUCAGGCGUCCAUGUCGAUGAGCUUCCCCUCAAGUCCCGCUUUUCCUGGAUUCCAGGGUCUCUACCGACCACCCAUGGAGCUGCUGAAGUCGUUAGGCGCUGCUGCCGGCAGCACGGCCGGUCUGCCGCAUCCUUUUUUCCCUCAGAUGCCUGGACUCGGUGCAGCCCUCAAGCACAGUCAGCAGCAGAGCCAGGACAUGCCCACGGAUCUGCGCAAGUCGUCAGGUCCCAGUUCGCCGCAUGACGAGGAAGAGGAUCGCACAACGGUUCGAUUACCCGUCAAAACGGAGUUGCUGGAGGAGGAAAAACCGGAGAAUGCGACCCGAGAAUCGACGGGAGCUGAAAGUGCUGAAAUGGAGGCGGAACCAGAGCCAGAACCUCUGCCGCUUGAGGUGCGCAUCAAGGAGGAGCGCAUCGAUGAGGAUCAGGAGCAGGAGCAUCAACAGACAUCACAAUCGGAAGCGAUCACCCGACGCAGUCCAUCGCCCCAGCUCCCAACUGUGGCGCAAUCGCCACCGCCGAACCCUCGUCAUCUCCAUGCUCACUCACACUCCAGCGCCAUGCUAGGCUACCCACCGGUGGUACAACCCAUUCAACCCCCAGCCAUCAUGCAUACCCAAUGCUCGCCCGGCUCACAGUCGCAUCUGGAUCAGCUGCCGACACCCGGACAGCUUCCGCCGACGAUGCCGCAUCGGGAUGACUUCUUCGCGGAGAGAUUCCCCCUUAAUUUCACCACAAAGACGCUAUCGCCGGAGCACCACUCGCCCAUAAGGUCGCCAGCCGGACAUGGGCAUGCCCACGCCCACAUUCCGCGAUCGCCCUUCUUCAAUCCGAUCAAGCAUGAGAUGGCCGCCCUCCUGCCACGCCCACACAGCAAUGACAACUCGUGGGAGAACUUCAUCGAGGUGUCGAACACCUCGGAGACAAUGAAGCUCAAAGAGCUCAUGAAGAACAAGAAGAUCAGCGAUCCCAAUCAAUGCGUCGUCUGCGAUCGCGUCCUCUCCUGCAAGAGUGCUCUCCAGAUGCACUACCGCACCCAUACGGGCGAGAGACCCUUCAAGUGCCGCAUCUGCGGACGCGCCUUCACCACGAAGGGCAACCUGAAGACUCACAUGGCGGUGCAUAAGAUCCGGCCGCCCAUGAGAAACUUCCAUCAGUGUCCUGUCUGCCACAAGAAGUACUCCAAUGCUCUCGUGCUGCAGCAGCACAUCCGUCUCCACGGGGAACCCACCGACCUUACGCCCGAGCAGAUUCAGGCUGCCGAGAUCCGUGAUCCGCCGCCUUCAAUGAUGCCGGGUCACUUUAUGAAUCCCUUUGCCGCAGCCGCCUUUCACUUUGGCGCCAUGCCAGGAGCAGGAGGUCCUGGUGUUCCUCCCGGAGCUGCCGGUAUGCACGGAGGUCCACACAAUGGGGCUUUGGGCUCGGAGUCAUCGCAGGGGGAUCUGGAUGAUAACAUGGAUUGUGGUGAUGGGGAUGACUUCGAUGAUGCCUCCUCGGAGCAUCUGUCCAACCACAAUGAGUCGGCUGGCGAUGAGCGUGCGCGCUCCGGGGAUGAGUUUAAGUCUCUGCUCUUCGAGCAAAAGCUGCGCAUCGAUCCCACGGGCGUGGUCAACAUCCAUAGUCAUCAGCGUCCACGUUCCACCGCCAGCAAUGCCAAUUCCAUUGGCUCCGUCUCCGCAUCUGCGUCGCCCUCCGCUCCCACCAGUCCCAGCUCGCAGCCAAAGCCCAGCUGUUCGCCCGUGCGCUCCAUCUCGGAGGCUUCCCAAGGUGCCCUCGAUCUGACGCCACGUGCCGCGCCUCCCCCGACGCUUGCCACCAGCUCCAGCUCAAGAUCUCCGCUCCCGCUGGCCGUUGAGCGCAAGGAGAAGACCAUCAGUCCGUUGAGUCAACAGCCGCCGGCAAGGAGUCCCAAUGGUCCCGCCUCGCUGCUCUCCUCCCCGCUGCCGCCUUCCGUGGGCAUUGACUGCCUGCCUCCGGGAUUGCAGCACCAUCUGCAGCAGCAACAUCAGCAUCUGAUGCAGCAACAAGCUGCAGUGGCAGCUGCCGCCGCUGCCCAGCAUCAUCAUCACCAGAUGCAGCAACAUGCGGCUGCCUUGCACCAGCAUCAGGAGCAACUGCGUCGCGAGGCACAGGAGGUGCAACAGAAAGCGGCAGCAGCUGCAGCCGCCGCAGUCGCUGCCCAGCGUCAGACGUCGCCACAGCCCUCGGCAAGGUCAAGUGAACCUGCUGGAGGUCCUCCCGCUCAGCCCAAUCCGUUGAUUGCGGCACGUCCGCCCUUUGGGAUGUUCCCCAAUCUGCCGAUCUUCCCGCCGGCAACGACACAGAAUAUGUGCAAUGCCAUGAAUCAGAUUGCGCAAUCCGUGAUGCCAGCGGCGCCCUUCAAUCCACUUGCGUUGAGUGGUGUCAGGGGCAGCACCACAUGCGGCAUCUGCUACAAGACAUUCCCCUGCCAUUCGGCGCUCGAGAUUCACUACAGAAGCCACACGAAGGAGCGACCAUUCAAGUGCAACAUCUGUGAUCGCGGUUUCACAACUAAGGGUAACCUCAAGCAGCACAUGCUGACACACAAGAUACGUGACAUGGAGCAGGAGACCUUCAGAAAUCGUGCAGUAAAGUAUAUGAAUGAGUGGAGCGACGAUCGCGAAUAAUUUAAUUAGUUAUCGAUAACACGAUCAACAUGAACAAUCCAAAUAUCGGCCAACGGCCGUGCAAAUAGACUCUCGCAACAAUAUGAUCUCAAGCAGUGUUGUAAAAGCCCGAGUUGAAGCGCAAGAGCAAAGAGAGGCGAUUGAGUAUGAAAGAGACAGAAGCGAAGAGAAGAGAGAUAAAAGAGAGAGCCAAGCUGCUGCAGGCGAAACAGAGCAAAGAGAGGCGACAACUGCGUUGGCCUUCAACCUCCCUUCACCUCCCCCCGCCACACACAAAAGGUAGUUCAUCAGCAAAAUCAAUGAAAAUGAACUAUACAAAAAAAAACCGCGAUACAUAUACAAAACUUUUAUAUUUAUAAAUUGUUGCCCACAAAAAUAUUAUUUGAUUGUUGUUCCAAAAGUUUGUUAACAACAACAACAACAGCCAGGGGAAAAAGUCAGAUUUCUUUUCAUGAUUUCUUUCAUAAACAUUUUUUUAUGAGCCCUGAAAAGCUAAAGAAAUUAUUCAAAACAGCAACACACACACACACACACAAACAAACACAGAUAUAGAAAUGAAAUUGGCAUGAAAUGUAUCCAAAGAUGCAUCAAAAGCAAUUUUCAAGCUAGAAAAUGCUAUGGAUUGCUUUGAAAUGAGACUGAUAGCGUUUCAGGCCAACUACUAAUAUAUGAAUAUAUACCUUUGAUAUAUCUGCAAUAGAAUCCGAUAAAGUAAUACAACACAGAUCGAUAACAAAAUCAGCUGAAAUUGAAGGCGUAGUAAAAUCAAAAUUCGAAUUUAAAAA